UAGUGAUUGUGACAAUUACAGACGCAUGUUUAAAGGUUAGAAAUUUAUGUGAUUUUUUCGUUAAAGAAUCAAAUUACAAUGAGUUCCAACGACUUUCAGGUCAGAUUAAUUAAUAAUGAAAAGGGUAAAGGUCUUUUUGCUAUUCGUUCAUUUAAAGAUGGAGAUACAAUAUUGGAAGAAAAACCUAUAAUUUGUUCUCAAUUUGCAUGGAACUUAGACUAUGGAUAUUUAGCUUGUGAUAAUUGUUUAACACCUUUAGAAACUGCCGAAGAAAAUGUACAUAGAUUGACUGGAAAUUCAACAAUUAUUUUACCUCAUGCUGAAUGUUGUGAAACAAAAAAAGAAUUAAUCACAGAAUGUUCUGAAUGUGGUACAAAAUAUUGUAGUAUUGAAUGUCAAACUGAUGCUUAUUUAAGAUAUCAUAGCACAAUAUGUUUACAAUCAAGAGAAAAAGAUGAAUCUCAUCCUUUAGUUCAAUUAAAUGAAACAUGGAAGCAAAUGCAUUAUCCACCAGAGACAGCAUCAAUAAUGUUGUUAGUUAAAAUGGUAGCUCUAGUUAAUCAAGCCAAUAAUAAAGAGGAUAUUCUUUCAACUUUUUCACAAUUUUGUCAUCGUACAGUUAAUGAUACACAUGAAAUUGCACAUAAACUAUUGGGAGAAAAAUUUGUUGGUCAGAUUGAUGUACUUAGACAAAUGAUGCAGAAAACUAUAAAUAUAGAAUUUAUAGAACAUUGGUUUACACCAGAAGGUUUUAAAAGUCUAUUAGCUCUAGUAGGUACAAAUGGUCAAGGAAUUGGAACUAGUGCAUUUAGUCGUUGGGUUAAAAAUGUAUCUGCUUUGGAAUUACCAAGAGAAGAAAGAAUUCAAGUUGAUAAAUUAAUAGAUCGAAUUUAUGAUGAUAUGGAAGAAGCGGUAGCUUCUUUUUUAAAUAAUGAAGGUUCUGGACUUUAUAUUCUUCAAUCAUCAGUUAAUCAUAGUUGUGUACCAAAUGCAAUUGUAGAAUUUCCUUAUUCUAAUAAUGUACUAGUUUUAAAAGCUAUACGUGAUAUACAUCCUGAAGAGGAAAUAUGUAUAAGUUAUCUUGAUGAAUGUUGUCUAGAAAGAAGUAGACAUUCUCGACAAAAAGCAUUAAAUUCUUUGUAUUUAUUUCAGUGUUAUUGUAAUAAAUGUUUAUCACAGGCUAAUGAUCUAGACUUAACAUCAGAAGAUGAAAUAGAUGAUAAUGAUGAUAUGUCUAGCUGAAAAUUUGAAUUUUUAUAGUAUAUAUAUGCAUAUAAAUAAAUUUUUUAAUAUUCCUAUA